CAGCCUAACAGCCAGGUGGGCGGAGCUUGUGCGUCUCUUUCCGAGCCUGAAAACUAGUCGGAGCGGAGCACUGCGGUGAAGAAGUGACCGGCAAGGAAGUCCAAACGUGGAUUUUACAUCGUAACAAGACGUCUCAAGUGGCUGGAGAGAAGAUAUGGCGGCCAUUCGCAAGAAGCUGGUGAUUGUCGGCGAUGGAGCUUGCGGUAAAACAUGCCUCCUCAUCGUUUUCAGCAAAGACCAGUUUCCGGAAGUCUAUGUGCCUACCGUGUUUGAGAACUACAUAGCUGAUAUCGAAGUUGACGGAAAACAGGUGGAGUUGGCAUUGUGGGAUACUGCAGGCCAAGAGGACUACGACAGGUUGAGGCCUCUCUCCUACCCGGACACUGACGUCAUCUUAAUGUGCUUUUCCAUUGAUAGCCCAGACAGUUUAGAAAACAUUCCAGAGAAGUGGACGCCUGAGGUGAAGCACUUCUGUCCCAACGUUCCCAUCAUCCUGGUGGGGAACAAGAAAGACCUGAGGAACGACGAUCACACGCGGAGAGAGCUGGCCAAGAUGAAGCAGGAGCCGGUGAAGACGGAAGAAGGCCGAGAAAUGGCCACCAGGAUCAACGCCUUCGGCUACCUGGAGUGCUCGGCCAAGACCAAAGAUGGCGUGCGGGAGGUGUUCGAGAUGGCCACCAGGGCGGCGCUGCAGGUCCGCAAGCGCAAGAAGAGAAGCGCCUGCGCGCUGUUGUGAGCCAUCCGUCCACUCACACACACACACACACAUGCACACACACACACACACACCGUGAGAAAACAGACUGGCCUUUUUAUCGAACGGCAUCUUUGUACUGUGUGCUGCAUUUCACAAUAAGAGUCAGGCAGGCCGAUUGUAUGCAAACAUACAGGAAACGGACUUUGUCCAUAUUAGAAAUGGAUGUUAUCAAUUCCUCGUUGAUUUUGCUUUUCUUUAAACACACGCAUGUUUUCUUUUGUAUUCGUCACCAGGCAGCCAUGUUAGAAUGCAAUAUUGUUGAGUGAGGGCGGGCAGCGACCUUUCCUCGCUAACGUUCUGUCUCUCUGAGGAAGGUGCCGCCCCACAAAAUGAUUCGCCGCAAAACGGAACGUGUGCGUAACAGCUAGUGCCUUUUUCUAAGUUGUCUGCACACGUGUGCGCUUGUCAUUGGGAGCGACACGGCAGCCGAGGUUUUUCCGCGCCGCUGACCUCGACGUCCCCCCGGUUGCUGCCGACAACCAACAAAGGAGUUCUUGCCAUUUUUACCCGAGAUGAGAUUUAUCGCGCGUUGCCAAUUUGCCGUUCAAAACGACCCGACGUGGUGUGAGUAACUCAACAUGUUGGCUGCAGAACCCUAACAUCCUCCUUGUGUAGAACUAGCUCCGCGGUUUUGGGACACACCCUUUUUUGGAAUCUGUGCUUGACAGGUAAACCGAUUCAUGCAACUCCUUGUGUCUCAGUUUCUAGUGGGUCGGCAUUCUUUUCGUGUUCGGCCCAGUGAGGAGUUAAUGGGGUUUUUUCCACCCCCGCGCUCUUCUUGGUGCCUUCUCUGUUCUGGUUCUUUUUAACAGAGCAGAUAAGCUGAAGUUUCAGUUCUCACAGCUCAAACACAAACAUUGGCAAAGAUGGACCAGACAACACAUGUCCUGAACAUCCCCAGAAAACCCCUUAGCAGCUAUAAAGAUGUGCUAGGCGAGCAAAAACAACAACAAAAAUAAUCUGACUAUGAUUACCGUAAAUUAACUACAGGCCAACUACUUUUUUCCUACGCUUCCUGCAUCUUAUAAAACGGGGCCGCUAAUUUAUGGAUUUUUUUUUUUGCUAAUGGCCAUAGUGUUUUGCGCUCAAUAGUUUUCAACGAACACAAGCAGACACACCGGGACUAUAAGCCGACUAAUUUUUCCCCACGCUUUGAAGUGGUGCGUAUAAUUUAUGGAUUUAUCUUCGCUGACAGAAAUAAUGUUUUGUGUUCAAUCGUUUUCAUGAAAAACAAGCAGAAAUACUGAAAAGGUGUGGUAUUGUAUGUGCUUUGGCACCAUCUUUAGGAUGAGUUGGCUCACUGCAGGUUGCAAAUGUACUUCCUGUUUUAAUGCCUUGAACUGCAAGUGAAAACCAACCAUAGCGUUUCUGCUCGAAAGGAUUCUUCAUUCGUCACUCCAAGCAACGUUUGUAAGUUUCACAAUGUAACUAAAGCAAUUCAUACUUAAUUGUCCCAUAUAGGAGAGUUUUCAUGCAUAUUUGUACAUCCUAUCGUAAUGUAAUCAUGCUAGCGUCGUUAGCAUUGGCCAAUAUGCAAACAUCUUAACAAGUGUCUGUUGGUAUUAUUAACUCACAAUGGAAUUAUUUUGUAUUGUUUCAGUUUCAGAAAUUCAUUAGUAAAUUCACCAAAAUGUCACCGUGGAGUUUUUGAGUCUAUUUAGCUGAUUGGAGAGCUAGCUUCCGCAGGUAGUGGGUCCGUGGCAAUGACUUAUGUUGUGUUUGAUCAGCAGUGUUACAGGCACCGUUUGGAAACAAUUAAGGUAUGUAAAUAAACAUGUACAGAAUAUUUCUGUGUAAAUAUUAAUUUCACAACAUAUAUAUCUGCGGUUUAUAGUCCAGUGCGGCUAAUAUACGGUAAAACAUUUUUUCUUCGAGAACUUAGUGGGUGCGGCUUAUAUACUGGUGCGCUCUAUAAUCCGGAAAAUACGGUAGUUCCCUAAAAGCAACAUCCCGCGGAUACACGAUGCUUACAAGGCCCAGGCACCUUCCUCAGGCAGACUUACCGCUGCUUCUUUUUGCUUGUGUUGCUGGAUGUACCGUUCAAGACUAUGUUGCAGGAUAAGAUGUUGCACGUAACAACCUCCCAGGAACUGCAACCUUUACAACUUUAUGCCCUUUGUUGGCCGAGCACAUAAAAAAACGAGUCGGGCGACAAAAUGACACAUUGUUUAUUCCGGUUGCCACGCAAUAAUGCACAACAAGCACACUGACGCUGCAAGGAACUGUAAGAAAAAUGAUAAUAAAACUUAUCAGUGGAUAAAAAUCUUGAGGUGUGUGGCUUGACGCUGCGUAAAAGUAUUUAUUGGGUAACAGAGGUCUUGCAACUGGGGGCGUGGCAUUCCCAUUGAGGAGCCCAGAUCCUGGUGGUGCAUGCUACUACAUGUGCAGCCUCUCCAGAGCUCCCGGCGUUACCCUUUCUGUGGUUCUUCUCCCUCCUCCGCCAGUACAAGUGGAACCUCCUCCAAAGUCGCUGCUUGACUUUCAAUGUUUUCUUUUUUUCCCCUAACAGAUCAUUUGUUCAGAGAGUCAAACUGUUGCUAACAAAACUACUGAAUAAUCAAACUCAAAAGUAAAAAUAGUCAUGCUUUUAAGAUGCAUGACAGGUAAGGACAAGGGAACAAAGGUGUUGGAUAAUUUUUUUGAAUGAUUUUUUGGAGGUUCCACUGUAUUUGACAUGACAGGAUCCACUUUCAUUCCUGUGAGCUUAUUGUCAUACAGCCUUUGUAAACGUAUACAGCGAAUGUUCGAUGCCAAGUAAACAUUGUUAAUAAACUAUUUUUGCGACAAUAAA